AAAUACAGUAAAUUUGUAUGUAAUAUUAAAAAACAGCUUUAAUAGGCUAAAGUUACACUUGAGCAAUAGCAGGAACCGGCUCUCUUAAACCUAAAUGAAACAGAAAAGGACUGGAAGGACAAGAAAACUUUCAAAAUACGAUGAGCAGUUUCUCAGAGUUUCAUUUUUGAGAAAAUGGAAGAAGUCCAGGAAGUCACACUAAAAACUGAUUUUUGCUUAAAGAAACUAUUUUGUUCAGAAUUUUUGUUUUUACAUUUUAUGUACACAUUUCCUGUAUUUUCUGUUUGUAGACUGAAAAAAAAAAAAUAUGGACGGUCAUUAAAACAUUGCUAAAACAACAAAGCUGGUGGUGGCCUAAGACUUUUGCACAGUACUGUAUAUAUUUUAAUUUCCACUUAAUUUGGUCAAUAGCUAAUAAUUUUUAAAAAAAUAAUUAUAAAGUGACUAAUUUUUUUUUUUUUUUUUAAAAAGAGCGCAAGCUGUUUUCCAUGAUGCUUUAGUAAGUUGUACUGUGCUACAGAUGGUGCAAGAAAAAGGAAAUUUAAUGUUCUCGUCAAAGUCAUUGGCGCACUUCAGGUACGGAGGGCUUUUUCCGGCAGGUUGGAGAUGGAUGGAAGCAAGAGGCAGAGAGAAACAGUAUGUGUUCAGAAACCUUAAUUGCUGCAUUAUGCAAUAUAUCAACAGACACACGCACCUCAUUUACAUAGACAAACGGGACUACCGGGGAAUUAUUUUCUGAGUGUUCCUCCUGGGUACUUCACAAACGGCUUUAAAGGGUUUCUCAUCCUCGCAUUGUUCCAAACUCAUUUAUUCUCUGGGAAAAAAGACAAAAAAUCAAAACGUUUAGCAGAAUGUUCAAACUGAAAUGGUGAAAUGGAUGGUGGCCAGGGCAAAAAACAUAAAAGCUGUCGACAAUUUGUGCUUUCAAAUUUCAAUCCUUCUCAAACUAUCCAAUAUCUGACUGAAUUUUAAAGAUCCCCUGUGGUGAAUAUCAAGUUUUUAAUGUUGUUCAUAUGUCUAUCUGGUGUUUUUAACAUGCUUUAAGACAAACCAUGCAAAUUCAUAAGUCAACACCACUGAGUAUUUUCUCUUUAAAACUGCAGUAAACCAAAGACAGUCUCAAACCCGCGGUUUGAAAUCGCUAGUUUUUCUGACGUCACAAAUUACCUUGUAACCAAUCACGUCAACGUUCCGGCGGGCUUUAGCAUAUCAUUAACUGACCGCACGAGAGCGUCUCAAAAGAAGGUUAUCUCGGUAUGUUUUUCUGUUGAUAUGAAAAAUCGGGUAGAUUUAGCAAAAUGGCGGGUGUAUGAUGUAUAUUACGAUGUUAUGAUGAAUAUGUAUUUCUCAACUGACGUUCUGAGUUGUUCAAAGCCUUUGUAAGGAUACCGAGAAGGCAGCUGUCUGAUUCGUGAAUGUGAACAUGGUUUGUGUAACAUUAGCAAUACAUUAUUAGCUGUUUGAUAACAUAGUCAAGCAAAAGGCUAAUCGUAUUAAUUACCGUUAUGUGUCCGACGUUGUAAAACGCGAUACCAUUGUGCAGCGUUUACCUCAGUAAGUUGAUCUCGUCUGAGCUCGUGCGAGUGAGUGGAGGCGGGGCUAAUUAUCAUAUUCAUAGAUCCGUGUAUAUUAAAUGAGGCAAGGGUGUAGAGUUACAGAGUAAAUAAAGAUGAGUUUUAAGGGAUAAAAUUAUUGACUACAGGAGGACUUUAAGUCAUUGUUCACCAAAAAUCUAGCUUAAAAGCUGUGGUCGCUUCAUUUUCAUUUUGGACACUGCUAAAUAUCCCCUUUCAUGCUUAUAGAGGUUUAGAAAGACUUGACAGUUACAGUAAAUAAUCAUUUAAAGUCGACAUGAAACAAGUUGCGAUAGUAUUUUCUUCCUUAUUGUGAUGUAUAUUGAGUGUAAUGGCUUCUCAAACAAGAAUAAAUGUAAUUUUGUCUGUGGGGAAUUGAUUGGAUAGUUGAGGUUUUCUAUUGGUGGAUCUCAUGUGAGUGACAGGUUGCCCCACCCUCGUCAUCAAAGAAGAGAUGUCACUGCAAGAGGGAGGGGAAGUUAUUUUGAUAAAAGUUUAUGAGGGCACGUGAAUUAAAAAAAAAGAUGUGCACAGAUUUAUAAAUUUAUAAUAAACACUACAAAAUUCCAUAAGAAAUAACAACAUUUUGUGUUUGUAGGUGAAAAUAGAGCUUCCUCUAAUAGAAACCUUUUAGAAAUGGCAUAUCACACUCGAUAUUAUCAACUUUUGUCUCAGACACACAUGCUCACGUGUAAUACUCGCAUUUCCCAGCAUGCAUUCUAGUGCGUAUAGUAGAAAAACACAGACAUACACGUACACACAGUCAGAACAGGGCCGUCAGUGUUGGAUCAGGCACGGAGGCUUCCCACAUAAUUCCUGUGCAUAAAUUCCUGCGUGUGUGAGAUUAAUUUGAGAGGAAAAGUGCCCAGAAAAGACAGAUUCAUCCUAAUGUUUAUUUGAGUUCAACCCCAAGUUAGAGACCCCUCCUAGGGCUCCAAAUGAACUCGGUUUCCCUUAUGCAAACACAUACACAGAUCAAGGUGUGUUUGUCUUUCCUACCCAAACUCUACGUUUUUUUGGACCAGGUAUCCCCCCUCCUCCUCAAACAGCUCGUACACCUCGGGGGAGAUGGAUUUGAGGGCGGCGUCUCGAAGCGUAAGUGUGUAUCUGUGAAUAUGUGUGUGUUGAUAACCUGCAUGUUUCUCUCUCUGUGAAUCAGUCUGUCUCUGGUUGUCGAGCAGGUCAUUAGGACUCACGCCGCAUUACAGUAUGACGUUGCCGGGGUUUGUGAUGCUGCUAUGCAUCCUGGGAGCUCAAGCCACCGUGGAUCUGAGAAAUGCUGCUGCUAUGGCUGCAGGCUUGUGUAACACCAAGCCCACUGAUGUAGUGUUCAUCAUCGACAGCUCUCGAAGUGUCCGCCCUGCUGAGUUUGAGCAGGUCAAGGUCUUCCUGGCCAAAGUGAUUGACGGCUUGACCGUCGGACCUGAUGCUACUCGCGUGGGCGUCGUGAACUAUGCCAGUCGGGUGAAGAACGAGGUCUCACUGAAGUCCCACAAAACCAAGGCUGCGCUUGUCAAGGCUGUGUCCAAGAUAGAGCCACUGUCCACUGGUACCAUGACAGGCCUCGCCAUCCAGUUCGCCAUGAACGUGGCCUUCAGCGAAGCCGAGGGAGCACGAAAAUCCCCAGGCAUCAGCAAGGUGGCAAUUAUUGUGACUGACGGCAGACCGCAGGACAACAUCCGUGACAAUGCAGCAAGGGCGCGUGAGGCCGGCAUUGAGAUAUUCGCCAUCGGAGUGGGCCGCGUAGACAUGACCACGCUCAGGCAAAUGGCCAGCGAGCCUCUGGAGGAUCACGUGGACUACGUGGAGAGCUACAGCCUCAUUGAGAAGCUCACCAAGAAGUUCCAGGAGGCCUUCUGUGACGUUGUGUCGGACCUAUGUGCGACAGGCGAUCAUGACUGUGAGCACAUUUGCAUCAGCACACCCGGAUCUUUCAAGUGCGCCUGCAGAGAGGGCCAUACACUCAUGAACGACAGCCGAUCUUGCAGUGCUUGCAGUAACGCAGCCACAGAUGUGGUCUUCUUGAUCGACGGGUCCAAGAGUGUGAGACCAGAGAACUUUGAGCUGGUCAAGAAAUGGAUCAACCUGAUCAUCGACAAACUGGACGUGUCAGAAACCAACACCCAUGUGGGACUGGUGCAGUAUUCCAGCUCUGUGAAGCAGGAGUUCCCUCUGGGACGCUACAACAACAAAAAAGCCCUGAAAGAUGCUGUGAAAAAGAUGGACUAUAUGGAGAGGGGAACCAUGACUGGCCAGGCCAUCAAUUUCAUAGUGGAAAACAGCUUCACUCCUAACCAGGGCGCCAGACCUGGAGUGGCAAAGAUCGGUAUUGUCUUCACUGAUGGCAGGUCGCAAGACGACAUUGUAGGUGCCACCAGGAAGGCCAAGGAGCACGGCUUUAAGAUGUAUGCUGUGGGCGUUGGUAAUGCUGUUGAGGACGAGCUGAGAGAGAUUGCAUCUGAACCUGUCCCUGACCAUUACUUCUACACAGCUGACUUCAAAACCAUGAACCAAAUUGCCAAGAAGCUGCAAAUCAAUGUUUGUCAAGAGGAAGAUCCCUGUGAAUGUAAUUCCAUUGUCAAGUUCCAGAAAAAGGUGGAGGAGGCACUACAGGCAUUAACAAAGAAAUAUAUCCUUUCCUAAACAGAGCGUUCAAGUUCAGAGCUCAAUUCCACAUCUGCCAUGCUGAAAAUAUACACUACACAAAUUCCUAUUAUGCACAAUAUUCUAUAUCGACUUGCUUCUGAAUGCUGUUCAGGAAAAAAAUAGCAAGCUAUAUCGUGCGCACAAUUUACUAAUUUGUUCCCUCGAUUUACUAAAUCAUGCACACGAUUUACUAUUUCGUUCCUUCGGUAUAUAAAUCAUGCGUAUGAUUUACCAAAUCGAGGGAACGAAAUAGUAAAUCGUGCAUGCUAUUUUGAAAAUCGAAGGAACAAAUUGUAAAUCGUGCGCACGAUUUAGCAAAUUGUGGGAACAAAAUAAUAAAUCUUGUGCACUAUUUCGCAAAUCGAGGGAACGAAAUACUAAAUCGUGCGUACGAUUUAGCAAAUCGAGGGAACUAAAUUGUAAAUCGUGCGUGCGAUUUAGAAAAUCGAGGAAAUUAAAUAGUAAAUCGAGCGUGCGAUUUAGCAAAUCCAGGGAACAAAAUGGUAAAUCGUGCAAGCGAUUUAGCAAAUCGAGGAAACGAAAUAAUAAAUUGCGCGCAUGAUUUAGCAAAUCGAGGGAACGAAAUAGUAAAUUGUGCGUGCGAUUUAGCAAAUCGAGGUAAUGAAAUAGUAAAUCGUGUGCGCUAUUUAGCAAAUCGAGGGAACGAAAUGGUAAAUUGUGCAUGCGAUUUAGCAAAUCAAGUUAACAAAAUAGUAAAUCGUGUGUACUAUUUCGCAAAUCAAGUGAACGAAAUAGUAAAUCGUGUGUGCGAUUUAGCAAAUCAAGGAAAUUAAAUAGUAAAUCGAGCGUGCGAUUUAGCAAAUCCAGGGAACAAAAUAAUAAAUUGUGCGCACGAAAUCGAGGGAACGAAAUGGUAAUUCGUGCAAUUGUUUUAACAAAUCGAGGGAACAAAAUAAUAAAUCGCGCGCACGAUUUAGCAAAUCGAGGGAACGAAAUAGUAAAUCGUGUGUGCGAUUUAGCAAAUCGAGGGAACGAAAUAGUAAAUCGUGUGUGCGAUUUAGCAAAUCGAGGGAACAAAAUAGUAAAUCGUAUGCAUGAUUUAGCAAAUCGAGGGAACAAAAUAGUAAAUCAUUCGCACAAUUUACUUUUUUUUCUUGCAUGUCAUGUGCGGGGCUCCGUAUAGCUGAAUGUGUCAUCUUUUGAGGUAAGAUUUGCCUUUUUUAAUAAGGUUUUGAGAUGAAACACAUUUGGACUCAGUGUAUGAUCAUUAAAAUCAAAUGUAAAGAAAUUAGGGAUGCACAAUAUAGUGGUACCAUAUUGGUUAAUGGCCGAUAUUAGAUAUUUUUAUUGGGUUUAUUGGAUAUAUAUUUUCGAUAUUGAAAAUUUAAUUAUGCAUGCUUAUUUUCACCUAUUUGUACUUUUGAUAAUCUUUGUCAUCAUAUUGUCUUGAAACUGUAGUUCUUUAAAUCAAUAAUUUCAAAAACUUAAAUAAUUAAGUUUAAAAAUAUUUUAAAAAUAAUUCUUUUUAAAUAUAAAACAGGUAAUACAAAUAUAAAAAAUAAAAAAUUAAUAAAAAAUUAAAUAAAAAAUAUUUAAAACAAUAAUUUAAUAACAGUUAAAUGUAAUCUUUAGUGAAUAUCCAUUUUUCAUACUGUACAUAAUAUUUGUUAUACCUAAAUUCACUCAAUCGAUUAUUUGUUUAUUGUUUAAACAAAAUAGUAUAUAAUAUAUUGUAUUAAAAAUGUCAUAUUUAAAAUAAUAAGAUCUGUACAUAAAUAUAAAAAAAAUAUAAAAGUAUAAAAUUAUAGUAUCGGUUAUUCACUGGUUAUCAGCUACAACGUGAAAAAAUUAUCGGCUUAUCGGUAAUGACCAGAAUUUUAGUGUUGUUGCAUCUCUAAACAAAACCUGUGCAAGUAUAAAUGCAUAAUGCUUCAGAAUGUAUAAAUCAUGAGAAAUGUGUAGAGCUGGUUAGGAUGGUACUAUUGCAUCAUUUCCUUGACAAAAG